CUCUGUGCACGCACUGUCCGUAGCUUUGUUCUUUAUUGCCACUCUCGAAACUCCAAGUUUGCAAUAAGGGCCUCUCUUUCUAUAUCCACCUGCCCUUUUCUUCUUGUUUUUUCUUCACCAUUUUUAGAUACUCUCUCUCCUUUGUCUCUCCCCUGCUCCAUUCACUCAACUGGGCUUCUUUCUUUCAAGAAUCUCUUUUUGCUCUUUGACAUUUGUGUAUAUAUAUAUAUAGCUCUGUGGAAGCUGAAGGAUUACGGAAGAUGAGUGCUUCAAAGUUCAUCAAGUGUGUGACGGUGGGAGACGGAGCCGUUGGCAAGACCUGCAUGCUCAUAUGUUAUACCAGCAACAAGUUCCCCACUGAUUAUAUUCCAACAGUUUUUGACAAUUUCAGUGCUAAUGUGGCUGUGGAUGGCAACAUUGUGAACUUAGGACUAUGGGAUACUGCAGGUCAAGAAGAUUACAGCAGGUUGAGGCCACUGAGUUACAGAGGGGCUGAUAUAUUUGUAUUGGCUUUCUCUUUAAUCAGUAGGGCUAGCUAUGAAAAUGUCCUCAAGAAGUGGAUGCCUGAGCUUCGUCGGUUCGCCCCCAAUGUUCCAAUUGUACUUGUUGGAACAAAGUUAGAUCUUCGAGAAGACAGGGGAUAUAUGGCUGAUCAUAUGGGAUCUAACAUCAUUACAACUGCCCAAGGGGAGGAGUUGAGGAAACAAAUCGGUGCAGCAGCGUAUAUAGAAUGCAGCUCAAAGACUCAACAGAAUGUGAAAGCUGUUUUUGAUACUGCAAUCAAGGUUGUGCUUCAACCUACACGGAGGAAGGAAAUGGUAGCACGAAAGAAAAAGCACAAUACCAGCUGCUCAAUUGUCAGAGGUAUUGUAUGUUGCGGUUGUGUUGGUUAGAGAGUAUAAAAUCGCUGCAACACAUUCAUUCACUUCUUGGACGUGCCUGAAAGUUAUGCUGGAGUUCUAACAGGACGCAUUCGAACGUCUAGUGCAUAGUCGAGUACUGGUAUGUUAUGUUUACUUCACCAAUGUACGUAAUUUAGCUUUACAAGCCUACAGGGCGAAUGUUGCCAAGGGAAUUGUUCAUUCUCUUAGCCUGUAAUCAUGUAUUCUAGCGUGCAAUCUUGAAGUUGUAGUUGCGAUUAUUGUUUGAAUGAUAGUUCUUUUCUUCCUUGUCCA